AUGGGUCUUGCAUCCUAUCUUAUCGUCACAACUGUUGGAGGCGUUGCCGUAGUUUUGGGAGCUCCUGUGAUUCUUAAAGCUUUGGGCUUUAGUGCGACUGGAAUUGUCGCGGGUUCUCUCGCAGCGGCUGCUCAUAGCUAUAUCGGUGUCGUGAGUGCUGGAAGUGUUUUCGCCUGUCUUACUUCAAAAGCUAU